AAACCUCUAGCCCACUCCCUUUCUUUAACACCCUUCAUCUUCAUUUACAGUCACUAUUUCAUUCACUGUUCCGCUGCCCUCCAUAAAUACUUUCUCCUUUGGUUUGGACUUUUUUUUAUUUAUUUACAAUGGCACAAAAUAAAUCACAGUCUUCCAAGGAUCCUAUCAACAAUGUAGAGGAAGCAGAGAAAGCAGAGAAAGCAGAAAAUGGUGAGGGAAAUUCCAAAAAGAAAGAACAAGAGGAGCUGCCUCCCUUUGAGAUAGUGGAGGGGAGUCGCAUCCCUGCUUCUUCUUUCAUGUUUCAGUUUAAGAAUGUUGAGUACAGUUCUGGACGUAACAAGACCAUUCUGUGCUACACUGUGGAAAGACCUGAGGGUCAAAUAUUCCAUGGAUAUUUAGAGGAUGAACAUGUCUCAGCUCAUGCCGAGGAUGCCUUCUUUACAUCUGUCCUGCCUCAGUUUCUCACCUCAGGGUCGGUGACUGUCACUUGCUAUGUGUCAUCUAGCCCAUGCGUUAAUUGUGCAGCCUCCAUCGCUCAGUGCCUGCGGCGAUACAAGACUUUAAGAAUACAGCUAGCAGUGGCACGGCUAUUCCAAUGGGAGGAGCCAGAGACCCGAAGGUCACUGAAAGGCCUCCGCUCCGCAGGCUGCCCAGUCAGAAUGAUGAGGGGUGCUGACUAUAUUUAUGUGUGGAAGAACUUUGUUGAGCCGGACAUCACCCUUGAUGAAGAGGGAAAGGAGGUAGUGAAGGAUGAGCAUCAAGACUUCAUACCCUGGGAAGAUUUGGAAGAAAAUUCCAGGUAUUAUGAAGAAAAGCUUUCAGAGAUUUUAAGAUAAUCAAACAGGACUUUGACUGGAACAAAAGUGAUAUAUGGCUCUUAAUUUUUGAACAGUUUGAUUAUGUGUGUUUGGUUUCUCCCUUUCUCUAAUAAUGGUCUUCAUUCACUGUGGGCAAAAAUGCCAGUUUUUAACAAAUAAAAAGUUGCAAUUA